GCCGAACUGCGGCUAUGGAGCAGACACCUCCGGACCCCGAGAGGCCAUUGCAGCCUGCACCCCUGGAGCCGCUGGGGGGCCCUGGCGCUGUGCUGGAAGCCGCAGUCGGCGAGGAGACCCAGGGCACCCGGGAAGACAGCUCAGGGGUCGACACGAUGACGGGAAAUAAUUUUUGGUUGAAGAAAAUAGAAAUCAGUGUUUCUGAAGCAGAAAAGAGAACUGGAAGAAACGCCAUGAACAUGCAAGAAACGUACACUGCUUACCUCAUUGAGACACGGUCAGUUGGACAUGCUGACGGUCAGAGCGUCCUCACAGACUCACUGUGGAGGCGGUACAGCGAGUUUGAGCUAUUGAGAAACUACCUUCUAGUGUACUACCCGCAUAUUGUUGUGCCACCUCUUCCUGAAAAGCGGGCAGAGUUCGUGUGGCACAAACUCUCUGCUGACAACAUGGAUCCAGACUUUGUGGAGAGACGACGGAUAGGCUUAGAAAACUUUCUCUUGAGGGUUGCUUCACAUCCUGUCCUUUGUAGAGACAAAAUCUUCUAUUUGUUUUUAACACAGGAAGGCAACUGGAAGGAGACUGUGAAUGAGACUGGAUUUCAGCUGAAGGCAGACUCCAGGUUAAAAGCGCUUAAUGCAACAUUCAGAGUGAAAAACCCAGACAAGAGGUUUACUGAACUGAAGCACUAUAGUGACGAGCUGCAGUCCGUCAUCUCCCAUCUCCUUCGAGUCAGAGCUAGAGUAGCAGAUCGACUCUAUGGUGUGUAUAAAGUACAUGGGAAUUAUGGAAGAGUUUUUAGUGAGUGGAGUGCCAUCGAAAAAGAAAUGGGCGAUGGGCUGCAGAGUGCCGGGCACCACAUGGACGUGUACGCAUCCUCUAUUGAUGAUAUUCUGGAAGAUGAGGAGCACUAUGCGGACCAGCUGAAGGAGUAUCUCUUCUACGCGGAAGCGCUGCGGGCUGUGUGCCGGAAGCAUGAGCUUAUGCAGUAUGACUUGGAGACGGCUGCUCAGGACCUGGCUUCCAAGAAGCAGCAGUGCGAGGAGCUGGCCACUGGGACUGUGAGAACAUUCUCAUUGAAGGGAAUGACCACCAAACUCUUUGGUCAAGAAGCUCCAGAGCAGAGAGAAGCCAGAGUGAAGGUGCUAGAGGAGCAGAUCGGUGAAGGGGAGCAGCAGCUGAAGUCCAAAAACCUGGAAAGCAGAGAAUUUGUGAAGAAUGCAUGGGCUGAUAUCGAGCGCUUCAAAGAGCAGAAGAACCGGGACCUAAAGGAAGCCCUCAUUAGCUAUGCCAUCAUGCAGAUUAGCAUGUGCAAAAAGGGAAUUCAAGUUUGGACCAAUGCUAAGGAGUGCUUUAGCAAGAUGUAAUCCGGGAAAGUGACUUUCUCUCCAAUCAAAGUGCCC